AUGUCCCUGCCGCCGGAGAAAGCGUCUGAGCUUAAGCAGCUCAUCCACCAGCAGCUCAACAAGAUGGAUGUCCAUGGCAGGAUAAGGGAAGUCCUUGCUGAAACUAUACGGGAAGAAUUGGCACCUGAACAACAACUUUCAACAGAGGAUUUAAUAAAAGCUCUUAGACGCCGAGGAAUCAUAGAUGAUGUCAUGAAGGAGCUCACGUUUGUUGCUGACCUAGCUGAUGGAGAACUGACUUCUUCUCCAAAGCCAUCUAAUUUUAAUGAUAAGCAGGCAACCCUUUUGAAAAAAACUAAUAUUGAUCCAACACGGAGGUAUCUUUACCUUCAGGUUUUGGGUGGAAAAGCUUUCUUGGAACAUCUUCAAGAACCUGAUCCUUUACCUGGACAAAUUUGUUCUACCUUCACUUUAUGUUUACAUUUUCGAAACCAACGUUUCCGCUCUAAGCCUGUCCCAUGUGCCUGUGAACCAGAUUUUCAUGAUGGCUUUUUGCUUGAAGUACACAGAGAAAGCUUAGGUGAUGGAACUAGAAUGGCUGACGCAACAACAAUGUUAUCGAUAUGUGAUCCAGUACAUAUGGUCCUAAUAAAAACUGAUGUAUUUGGUGAGACCUCUUUAGUAGCAUCCUACUUUUUGGAAUGGCGUUCAGUCCUUGGCUCAGAUAAUGGAAUGACCAAUAUUGCUGUGGAACUUCUAGGUGUAGGUACAGAAUCAAAAGUUUCUGUUGGAAUUUUAAAUGUAAAAGUUGAAGUAUAUCCACAACUUAAUCAAACAUUGUCCCAGGAAAUAGUAAAUACUCAGCUUGCUUUGGAACGACAGAAAACAGCAGAGAGAGAGCGUUUAUUUCUUGUAUAUGCUAAGCAAUGGUGGAGAGAAUAUUUGCAAAUACGACCUUCCCACAACUCAAGGCUGGUAAAGAUUUUUGCACAGGAUGAAAAUGGAAUAAAUAGACCAGUAUGCUCUUAUGUCAGACCCCUUCGAGCUGGACGGCUCCUGGAUACUCCAAGGCAAGCAGCAAGAUUUGUUAAUGUCCUUGGUUAUGAAAGAGCCUCUGUUAUUGGAGGAGGAGGUAAACACGAACAAUGGUGCACUCUACUGGCCUUUCUCUGUAGAAACAAGGGUGACUGUGAAGAUCAUGCUAACCUUUUGUGCAGCCUUCUCCUUGGAUAUGGAUUAGAAGCCUUUGUUUGUGUAGGGACAAAGGCUAAAGGAGUCCCUCAUGCAUGGGUUAUGACAUGUGGGACUGAUGGCACCAUUACUUUUUGGGAAAGUUUAACAGGGCAUAGGUAUAUCCAUAAGCCCAUCAAUCCUGAUGAUCCUCCAGCUGUGGAACAACCCAAACCACUAUACCCAUAUCGAACUAUAGGGUGUGUUUUCAAUCAUCAGAUGUUUUUGGGGAACUGUCAACCUUCCGACUCAGUAGAACUCUGUGUAUUUGAUCUAAAUGAUGAGUCCAAAUGGAAACCCAUGAGUGAAGAAGCCAUCAAAUCAGUUUGUGCUCCUGGUGCAACAACUUCACUUCCUCCCUUUCCCCCACUUUGUGCUUCAGUGAUUGAUUCUUCAGUAACAAGUAAUGAAAUCGAAAUGCAACUGAGAUUGCUGGUAUCAGAACACAGGCAGGAUCUUGGCCUCACUACUGUUUGGGAAGACCAGCUUUCUUAUCUUUUGUCACCAGCUUUGGCAUCUUAUGAAUUUGAGCGUACAACUAGCAUAUCUGCAGGAAAUGAAGAGUUUCAGGAUGCCAUAAGGAGAGCUGUACCUGAUGGUCAUACAUUUAAAGGGUUUCCUAUACAUUUUGUGUAUAGAAAUGCAAGGCGAGCAUUUGCUACGUGUCUCCGGUCUCCUUUCUGUGAGGAAAUAAUCUGUUGCAGAGGUGACCAGGUGCGACUUGCAGUCCGUGUUCGAGUAUUUACCUACCCUGAAUCUGCUUGUGCUGUUUGGAUCAUGUUUGCUUGUAAAUAUCGAUCUGUGCUGUGAGAAGAAACACAUUUGUUUUCUUUUGAGAGGGACUUGACAACACUGCACAUCAUUAGCCAUUCACAGGUGCUUUCUUAUAAAAAUCACUAUCUGGCUCAUAUAUCACAAUUUCAAUUUUGUAUAUAAACUUAACUAAUAAUGUUUGAAAUUAUUGGUGUGUGUAUUUAAAAAUUAAGGAUAACAGACUUGUAUAAACUU